AGCUGAAGUAUCAACAAUAGAUGGAAGCUGGCUUGGUGUGGCGUUAUUGCAUUUAUUUAUUUAUUUUUUAGUCAAAUAUUAGCUCAAGUAUCAACAAUAGUUGGAAGUAGCCGUGUUGUGGCUGUGAUUAACAAACAGUAUCAUCCUCUAAUGGAGAAGGCGAGAGAAUUUCUGGAGAAGAAAGCAGCGGACGACGGCUAUGGCGUUGCUGACCUCAUCAUCCCUCCCCACAAGCCCCACGCAGAGUCCACCUUCUACGAAUAUUUCCUCACCAAAGGCAUCAAGGUCGACCGACUUGACUCCGAUUCCAUCUUCUGCUCCUUCACAGUGCCUCCGCGCCUCACUGACUCCGACGGAAACUUCGCUGCGGGUGCGAUUGCCUCAAUAAUUGACGAAGUAGGCUCCGCGGCGAUCCACGAGCCUGGCCAGCCCAUGGAUUUGUCGGUAGAUACGUCGAUCUCGUAUUUAUCGCCCGCCAAGGACGAGUUGGAGAUCAUCUCAAGACGUUUAGGUAGGCUUGGGAGUUACGCAGCAGCGAGUGUUACAUUACGAAACAAACAAACUGGGGAGAUUGUUGCCGAAGGUCGCCAUUCUUAUUUCAGUAGAAGACUCCCCAGCAAACUGUGAUUCUGAGGUAUCCACGCACACUCACUUCACAAUGUGAAAAUCAUAGUUGUAAUUAAUCGACUGUGGUAUAAAUGCUGUGCACGCACGACUGCGUGCAUGAGAAUGUAUGAUGCUAUUACUAGUUUUCGCAAUUAUUACCGUAAGGAUUGAUCGUUUU